AUGCCUGCAAAUGAUUCAAAGUUUAUCAAGGAAGUCUGGGCAGAGAACCUAGAAAAAGAAAUGGCCUAUCUGCGAGACCUCGUAGAAGAUUAUCCUUACUUGGCCAUGGACACAGAGUUUCCUGGUGUGGUAGCAAGACCUAUUGGCACAUUUCGUACUUCAUCCGACUAUCAUUAUCAAACAUUACGCUGUAACGUUGACCUGUUGAAGAUCAUCCAACUUGGAGUUACUUUUGCAGAUCAAUAUGGGAAUCUACCGAGCAAUGUCUGUACUUGGCAAUUCAACUUUAAAUUCAAUCUAGCAGACGACAUGUACGCUCAAGAUUCUAUUGAACUUCUGACGAAAUCUGGCAUUGAUUUCAAAAGGCAUGAAGACUAUGGUAUUGAUGUAGAACAUUUUGGAGAGCUAUUGAUGAGCUCUGGCUUUGUAUUAUUGGACGAUGUAAAAUGGAUCUCCUUUCAUAGUGGGUAUGACUUUGGUUAUCUUCUCAAAGUGUUGACAUGUUCAGCAAUGCCAGCAGAUGAGGCAGAGUUCUUUGAUCUUCUGCGAACAUACUUUCCUUGUAUUUAUGAUAUCAAGUAUCUUAUGAAGAGCUGUAAGAACUUGAAAGGUGGACUUCAGGAUAUCGCAGACGAUCUACAGGUUGCACGGAUCGGUCCACAGCAUCAAGCAGGAAGUGAUAGUUUGCUGACGUGCACAACUUUUUUCAAAAUGCGCCAAAUGUUCUUUGAAGAUAGGAUCGAUGAUCAAAAAUACUUGUAA